CUCUCUCUCUCUAAACCCCAAAAACUUUUUCUUCUUUCGAUCCAUACGGCCCUCGAGCUCCUGCGGUGCGGCUCUCUCUUUCUCUCUUCUCAAACUUGCAGACGACACCUACCCUAGCUACCCACUCAAGCUCUUAUCAACGCGGGAUCGUGCAAGAUGGGUAAAAAGGUGAAGAAAGUGAUGAAGAACGUAGGGAAUGAUUUGCCUGCUGCUUCUUCAAUUCCUGAAAACCAGAGCCUAGACUUUCUGCCUUUAGAAGGCGGUCCCGGGAAAAGGAUUCCCAACGAAGAAGAUGUCAAUGUAAGCAAUUCUACUGUUCUAUAUAUUGGUCGGAUUCCACGUGGAUUUUAUGAAGAUGAAAUGAGAGGUUUCUUUGAGCAAUUCGGGACUAUCAAGAACUUGCGGAUAGCACGUAACAGAAAGACAGGAAAGUCAAAGCAUUAUGGUUACAUUGAAUUCCAAUCUCCGGAGGUUGCCAAAAUUGUAGCAGAUUGUAUGCAUAACUAUUUACUUUAUGAGCAUAUGCUGCAAGUUCAUCUUGUUCCUCCAGAGAGAAUUCUUCCAAAGCUAUGGAAAGGGGCAAAUUCAAAAUUCAGACCAGUAAACCUGCAAGCGAUUGAGCUCAAGCGGCAUAACAAGGAGAGGACAACUGGCGAGCACAAGCGAUUGGUGCAGAGAAUUCAAAGGAGAGAAAGAAAGCGGCAGAGGAAAAUUAAGGCAGCCGGAAUUGAUUAUGAGUGCCCAGAUAUCGUGGGUAACAUCCAACCUGCGCCUAAGAAGAUCAAGUUUGAUGAUGAAGAUUAGAGCAGAGGUUCAUUCUCCCGACAAGUCUCUUUCUCUGCUUUUUUGCCGGCUCAUGUGCUUUUUAACUUGAGAAAAGCAGCUUCUGAGUUUAAUUUUUAUUCAAAAAAAAAAAGAAACAACUUCUUGAGUUAGGAAAUCAUAGGGUGAGGAAGCUGUAUUUUGGGUAUUUUUUCUCACAGUAGCUUGAGUCCUUUUCUGAAACCAUAUGAUGUUUGGAGCAAAUUUGUGUGACACUAGCUGAUGGCUUUACGUCUUUUAGUGGUAUUGAGCUCUUUACGUGGUCAAAA